AUGGAUCGAUCCCGCCGCGAGCUGCCUGGCAUCCAGCUGCCUCCUAUCCACACUCUUGCUCCCCUCCCGGCGCCUAUUGCCCGCCCAGCAGCAUUCGCAGUCGCACACCGCACUCAGGACGGCCACCAAGCAUACGACUACGGCGACUUGCACGAGACUGCCAGUGGAGGCGGAUACUCCUAUUACUCCAGUUCUCAGACCCCAGCACCCCGAGAGAUGGUUCGGCCAAGACCAUCGUUUCCGAUUACGAUUGCUCCUCCCGCCCAUCCUCCGCCACGCCCCCAUCCUCCGCCUCGCAAGUUUGUCCACCCACCAGCGACCUAUGUCGCCCCCGCACACCCCCACUCGCACCAUUUGCACUCCAUCCCCCCACGUGACAAGUCGACCAGAACACUCAUCCUGGACCAUCUGCUAUGGAUGCACGCACGCGCCCGGUUCGGAGCUGCCCGUGGAGAGCUCGGAGUCGGCACAAGGCCCCAUUUGGAGUCCAAAGACGCAUGUCUCGAGACACUCGAGGACCACGGAGUCAUGGGUCUCGGUCUGUUCGAGGAAGGCCUCGACAAACUCUCGUACCCCGACGUGAAGCUCAUUGAACCCGAUCCUGACGUACUCACCCUCGGUCCACCCGACUUGGCUCUCGCAGCUGCCUAUCGAGCCAAAGCAACCGGCCUCGAAAAGGUCCUCACCGCAAUGCUCGACCAAACACCGGCUCCGGACCCGAUUCCAUCCGACGAAGACGACAUGCUCGUCGACAGCGCCAGUAGCACCUCGGUUACAUCUUCCCAGAAGCUCCCCAAUUCCGUCAGGCUCCGAUUGGCUCUUUCCCUCCUUGUCAAUGAACUCUUCUCUCCCGAACCCGAACCUGCGAGUGCUCCGACCCAACAAGCGCCCCCGGCUCUCUUGUCCCUUGCUCAAGUCGCCCCUCCUCCCCCUGCUUCGUUGUUGUGCUCCCCUACCCCAGUCACCUUACCUUCGUUCCAGCAGUUCACGUCUGGAGCCCCCGCCACCUCUCAGAGCAUAUUCAACAGCAUUCCUCGUGGCCAAGGCGUCGAAGGACCAUGGACAUAUCCACGCACGGGCCCAGCCCCCGCCUACUUCCGAGACGGUGUCCUCGAAGAUCCAUACGUCCACCAGACCCAACGAUGCGUCCGACACUUGUCGCGUACGUGCCAAGCCCCCGCAUGCACCUACGUACCUGCCCCCACAACGAGCUCGAGCAGUCGACCGGCCAUGGUCCUCGGUGUCCAGCCGGGUAGAACCAGCACCAUUGGUGCAGGAUUGGGAAGAACCGGUGGUCCCCCUCUUCGCCUUGCACGAACAAGCACCCCGACUCGAAGAUUGAGCAUGAGCAGGAGUAUGAGCAUCAGUCCACCCACACCGGGUCUUGCACUCGGUAUAUCGGGCACGGUGCCCCAAGAUUCACGCCUCACCGCACUCAUCUCCCGGUUCCUCCGUCUCUCGGCCCUCGUCGCGAUCGAACUAGGUCGCGAAGCCCGCGGAGAGGAAGACGGAUUCGGAACGAGGAGUGCGCCCAGCCCUCCCCCGCUCGUCAAGAUUCCCAAUGCCGGUCCGUACCUUCCAGCAUCGAGCGGAUCAAGCACCGAUGGAUCAGACGAUGAGUCUCCGCGCAAGCGGACCAUCUACGUCCGAGGGCGCCCCAUCGCUGGCUCUCUACGCGCCGGAAAACAGGCGAAACCGUCUGUCCACGCGCACGCCCGCCCGACCCGCGUCUGGUACGCCCUCUUGUGCGGUCUGGUCACCCGGGCGUGCCUCGAGGGGUACCUCAUGAGAGGAUGGAAGGGCACUCUUGGGGCUGAAAUCCUCUUUCGUAUCGGUGCCAAAGCUGAUACAACGAGCGACGGCACGCGCAAGUUUUCCCCGCAGGAAGAGCGCGACUUGUUGCAGUACGAAGCGCGCGAACGGGCCUUGGCGGCGAUGUACGAUCCCGACGAGAUGCCUUCGCUCGACGAGGCGGGCCGGAUCUUGUUUGCAAGGGGUGAAGGGGAGGGAAGCGAGGAAGAACGACAGUGGGAGGAAGAAUUGAGGAGUCGGCUUGUCGAGUUCACAACCGUACCCAAUGACAUCCCAAGCCUCAGCACCCAUCUCGAAUCCUUGGCGUCUCGGUAUUCCGCCGAGCCCGUCGAGCGCGCUGCCUUGAGGUUCUGCGAGUCGGUAGCGAGGUGGCGUGGGAAGCCUGAGCUCGAGACUUACAAGAAAUCCGCGCCUCAAACCUCCCAAGGUCCCUCGAUACCCAUCGACCAAUUGAUCAACAUUCCCAUAAGCCCGUCUCCCAAGCCUCCGAUCGAGCGCUAUUUCCACUUGCCGGUCGUCAGGACCCCCGUUCAGACGUCGGCCGCUCCACCGCUAUCGACAACGCCGACGAACUCGAAGCGUCCAAGGCCGCACGACGAAGCCGGACCGAGCGCGAAGAAAGCCAACGUCGAUGGGUACGUUGAAGUCGAAGAAUGGGUCGGACCGUACGGUAUUUAA